AUGUGUGCUAAUAUUCAUAUGAAAAUAAUAGAGAAACGGAUGACAAGCUUGUGCUAUUUCUCUCUUUUUAAACUUUAACACCACGUUUUACGUUUUACUAUCCUUUUCUUUUUCUUUUCUCUCAAUUCAUUCCUAAUAUGACUUUUUGGACAAUUUCUAUCCCUGAAACGCCUUCCGCCAACUUUGUUCUUGUAAAGAACAUCUCUGCUGAUUCUUCAGAAGAGACAGUUAAGCAAUUUUUCGUUUUCUGUGGUAAAAUUCAGGAUUUCGAGCUACUCAUGGAUGAAGACCAACUCCAUCAAACUGCUUUGAUCCAUUUCGAAAGGGAAUCUGCCGCUAAAACUGCUAUUCUUCUCAGUAAUGCAUUAAUUGAUGAUAGUCAUAUUGUUGCUACACCGUACUUUGAAACAAACGCUAGAGAUGAAGAAGGUACAGCUAGUGACAGUGAGACUACUGUCAGCAAUGAUGGCACUAGUGCUAGUAGUAGUGGUGUCAGUACACCUCGCCACCAAGAAACAAAGGCAAAGACUCGCAUUGUCGCUGAAAUUCUUGCCAAUGGAUAUAUUCUUCAAGAUCAAAUUGUUGCUAAGGGACUUGAAUAUGACACCAAAUACAGCCUGACCAGUCGUUUCACAAACUAUUUGCAAACCCUCACAACAAAUGUGAAGCAAAUGGAUGAGAAGUAUCGAAUUUGGGAUAAAGCAGUGGAAAUUGAUAAUAAAUACAAAAUUCACGAAAAGGUUCAAACUGCCGCACAGCAAGCUCAAUCUACAGCUACAGCUGCACUUCAUACGCCUACAGGACAAAAGGUGGAACGUCUUGCUUAUCAAACUUUAGCUCAAAUUGCUGCUGUUCAUUAUGAAGCCAAAAAAAUUCAGAUGGAAAAGCAACAGCAGCAAGUUACUUCUACUGCUUCUACUGCUUCUACUACCCCUGUUACUUCUGCUACGGCAGUUCCUGUUGCUUAGAUGAAAAAGAAAGACGUAUAAACACUAUGAUAUUGGAGUCAAAUUGAGAAUAUUUAUUUCAUUAUCAGUCAUAAAGCGUAUGGAUAAUAUAUAUUUUAAUGAUUACAAUAAAGAACAUAACGCGAUAC